AUGGCUACAACUAUCAUAUCAUCAUCAUCCUCUACCACUACCACUACCACUACCACUACCACUACCACUACUAAUAAUAAUAAUAAUACUUCACCUCCAUCCUCAAACACAACGUUAUCAGCCACAACAAAUAAUAAUAAGAAUAAGAAUAAUACCCCAAAUCAAAUAAAAUCAUCUACAUCUACCACUGCCACAACAACAACAACAACAACAACAAAAUCUAUACCACAUAUAUUAUGUAUGAAUUUUAACCAGGAUCAAGGCUGUUUUGCUAUAAGUCAUGAACAAGGUUUCCUCGUUUAUAACACAAACCCUAUCGAGUUACGUGUUAAACGGAAUUUCACACCUCCUCCUCCAGCACCAGCACCUCAUUCAUCAUCAUCUACAGCAUCAACAGUCGCAACAACUACAACUACAACUACAACUACAACUACAACUACAACUACAACGCAGAAUAAUAGAAAUAAUAGUACAGGAAGUACCGAUUCCACAUCAUCUAUUGCAUCACACAAUAGCAUUAACAAUACAUCUACACAUCAUAAUGCAUAUAAAUCCGGAUCGGGUAUUUCUCAUAUAACCAUGUUGCAUAGAACUAAUUAUCUAGCAUUGGUAGGAGGUGGAGAAAAACCAAAAUUCCCUCCAAAUAAAUUAAUAAUAUGGGAUGAUUUGAAAAGAAAGACAAGUUUACUGUUGGAUUUUGAUUCUCCAGUGUUGAAUGUUUUAUUAUCAAGAGUAAGAAUAAUUGUCGUUUUAAUUGAUCAAAUUUUGGUUUAUGGAUUUGCCGUACCUCCAAAGAAAUUCCAUACUUAUAAUACAAUUAAUAAUCCUUAUGGUAUUGCUGAUUUAUCAGUCAAUAGUAAUAGUAACACUAAUAUCACAUCAACCGCAUCAUCAUCCACAAUUGACAAUACAAAAAGAAGCAUUUCCCCACCACAUUCAUCAAGUUCUUCCAAUAAUUCAUUAAAAGAAAUCCCAACCAGCAGCAGCAACAACAAUAACAACACAUCAUCAUCUUAUCAAACAUUAGCAUUUCCUGGAAGAUCAGUAGGACAAAUCCAAAUUGUUGAUGUGGGGAAUAAUAAUAAUCAUAAUGAAAAAAAUUCCAUGAAUAUAAUUAAAGCUCACAAGCUGAACAUUCGUUGUUUAUGUCUCAAUAAAUCAGGAACUUUGGUUGCCAGUGCUUCAAUUACUGGUACUUUGAUAAGAAUCCACUCUACCAGAACAACAACAUUAUUGUAUGAAUUUAGAAGAGGUAUUGACAAGGCAGUUAUCACUUCAAUGAAAUUUAGCCAUGAUGAUUCAAAAUUGGCCGUGUUAUCUGAUAAGCAUACUUUACAUGUAUAUAAUAUAGAUGAAGUUCAUGGAGGUGGAAUGAAUCGUCAUCAUGUUUUAAACAAUUUACCUUAUUUACCAAAUUAUUUUAAAAGUACAUGGAGUUUUUGUUCUGUUAAUACGAAUAAAUAUCAUGAAAUUGAUAAUCAUCCAAUCGGUAUUGAUAGCAAAUCAAAUGAAAUAGAUGAAGGUACUAUUGGAUGGUCAGGAGAUGAUAGUAUUAUAAUCAUUUGGAAAUUGAAGAAAAUUUGGGAAAAAUAUAUCAUUGUUGAAACUGAAAAUCAUAAUUAUGAAUUAAUUCGUUCAAGUUGGAAGAAACUUGAUAAUACUGAAUAA